AUGGCACUGCGAGAUAUAGAAGUAUUUCCUGGUGUAAUUGCUCCUGUAUUUGUAGUAGAAGCAAUAGCAAGAGUAAAGAUAAGUAAUAUUAAAGGUGAUGAAGCAUUCGAAGCAAAUUACGAAAUUAUCCCUGAUAAAGAAAUAUUCGAUGCUAAUAAUAUGCGGUCAUUAGUUGAUAAUGCCGUGCAGUUAUUUGCUAAAUAUGCAGCUUCACAUCUGAUUACUUCGCUUGAAGAAAAACAACGCUUACUUGAGGAAACAAGUCCUUUUAAGCGUAUCAGUAUAAUUAUUAACAUCCUUACAUCCAAUAUAGUUAAUUCAGAAACCGAUCAAGCUUUGCAACAAAGGGUGAAAAAGCAAAUAGAGAAAACCCAGCGUGAUUAUUAUUUGCACGAGCAGAUGAAAGCAAUUCAGAAAGAGCUUCAUGAAGAUAAGUCAGAUCUUGCUGAAUUUGAUAAAAAAAUUAAAGCUGCAAAACUGUCAAAAGAAGCUAGAGAAAAAGCUGAAGCAGAACUUAAAAAACUCCGCACUAUGAACCAGAUGUCAGCAGAAUCCGGAGUAACACGUAAUUAUCUUGAGACGUUACUUAGCCUGCCUUGGGGUAAAUAUGAUAAUAGUAAAAUUGAUAUUAACCAAGCUGAAAAAAUCCUAAAUCGUGAUCAUUUUGGCUUAGAGAAAGUUAAAGAGCGAAUAAUAGAAUACUUAGCAGUAUUACAGCGUUCCAGUAAAAUUAGAGGUCCUAUAUUAUGUUUAAUCGGUCCUCCUGGCGUUGGUAAAACAUCUUUAAUAAAAUCUAUUGCCGAAGGGAUGGGUAGAAAAUACACCAAAUUUGCUUUAGGUAGUGUUCGAGAUGAGGCUGAAAUUAGAGGGCAUAGAAAAACUUAUCUUGGCUCAAUGCCUGGUAAAAUCCUUACUCAGCUUAAGAAAGUUAAGAUAAGUAACCCUGUUAUGUUACUUGAUGAAAUAGAUAAAAUGGGUUCGGACUUUAGAGGUGAUCCUGCAUCAGCAUUACUUGAGGUGUUAGAUCCUGAACAAAAUAGCCAUUUUGUCGAUCAUUAUCUAGAAGUGGAAUAUGAUUUAUCAAAUGUAAUAUUUAUUGCGACUGCUAACUCUUAUAAUUUAGCUAGAGCUUUAAUCGAUAGAAUGGAAAUUAUCGAUAUUUCCGGUUAUGUAGAAGAAGAAAAAAUCCAAAUUGCUAAGAAUUAUCUAGUUCCUAAGCAGCUUAAAAUGCAUAAAAUUAAACAGGAUGAAAUUACUAUCUCCGAUGAUGCUAUUUUAGAUUUAAUUAGAUAUUACACUAAAGAGUCAGGUGUAAGGUCAUUAGAGCGUGAAAUAGGAGCAUUAACCAGAAAAGCAUUAAAGCAAAUUCUAGCUGAUAAAAAAGUUAAGCAUAUUUCUGUAGAUAGCAAUAAUCUAGAAGAGUUUUUAGGUGCUAGAAAAUAUAAUUUUGGUCUUGCUGAAAAAAACGAUCAAAUAGGUAGCACCACAGGGCUUGCUUAUACGGAGGUAGGCGGCGAGCUUUUAACUACUGAGGCGUUAUCAUUCCCAGGAAAAGGUGAAAUCAAAACUACCGGAAAACUUGGUGAUGUAAUGAAAGAAUCAGCAAUGGCUGCAUAUAGCUGUUUUAGAAGUAGAGCGGCUGAUUUCGGCUUAAAAUAUAAAGAUUAUAAAGAUUUUGAUGUUCAUAUCCACGUUCCUGCUGGUGCUAUUCCAAAAGAUGGUCCGUCUGCUGGUUGUGCUUUGUUUACCACCAUUGUUUCGUUGAUGACUAAAAUACCGGUACGCCGCACUGUUGCUAUGACCGGUGAGGUUACUUUACGAGGCAAUGUUCUACCGAUUGGCGGUCUUAAGGAAAAGCUGCUAGCAGCAAGUAGGGGAGGGAUUAAGACAGUACUAAUUCCGGAAAAAAAUGUUAAAGAUUUGAAAGACAUACCACCGAAUAUAAAAAGUAGUCUAGAAAUUAUCUCUGUUUCAAAUAUUGAUCAGGUACUGGAACAUGCAUUGACGAAGAAGCCUUAG